CACGUGGGAUGAUAUCUAACAGGUCAUGAGACAGGUGUGGGAUGAAAUCUAACAGGUCAUGAGACAGGUAUUGCGUUAGUUUAGAUAUCAAAUUCGGGUUAGUAGAUAUUCUCGUUUAAUCUUAUACAUCAUUCACUCCUACGAUAAAAAUUAUUUUUGAAAUAUGUAUCCAAAAAUUGGAGAACCAGCACCAUUUUUCCAAGGAACAGCCGUGGUGAAUGGAAAUUUUAAGGAAAUAAAAUUGACGGAUUAUAAGGGCAAAUACUUAGUCGUAUUCUUUUAUCCCAUGGAUUUUACCUUCGUAUGUCCCACCGAAAUUAUAGCUUUUAGUGAUAGGGCGGACGAAUUCAAAACCGAAAAUUGUGAACUUGUUGGUGUUUCGACCGAUAGCCACUUUAGUCACUUAGCUUGGAUUAAUACUCCUCGCAAACAAGGUGGUCUGGGUCCAAUGAAAAUACCUUUGCUUGGUGAUAAAUCCAUGAAAAUGGCGACAGAUUACGGCGUUUUGAAAGGUGACGAAGGAAUCGCUUUUAGAGGCUUAUACCUAAUCGAUGACAAGCAAAGACUGAGACAAAUAACCAUAAACGACUUGUCAGUCGGUCGAUCGGUUGAUGAAACUUUGAGAUUGGUCAAAGCAUUUCAAUUUACGGACAAAUAUGGAGAAGUAUGUCCAGCGAACUGGAAACCAGGAGACAAGUCUAUAAAGCCAAACGUUGAUAAGAGCAAAGAAUUUUUUGAAGCUACCAACAAAUAAAUAAAUGGAAAAAUGGAUACUUAUAUUAUACACUAAUUUCACUAAAUUAUUUAGCAAAUUCAUUAAUUUUUAAAAUAGGAUAGGUAUCAAACUAUAAAUAAAAAUCACUAAAGAAAAUUAUAAACUCAUUUGUUAUUAGGC